AUGCACUUGUCGAUUAAAAUCCCCCUCCCUUCUCUCAAAAGGUGGCCUUGCAUCACUGGUGAGAACGCUCACAACAGCGCGCAAAUCACGACUAUCGCGCUCUCUCACGAAGAAGACGCCUUUGAAGAAAUCGCCAACAUCAGCGACGAAGUCGAGUCUCUUCAUGAAUCCGACGACGAAGUCCCCUAUCCUGAAAGCCCAAUUACCUACAACGACGGCCCGUACUUUGAUGCUGAAGACUACUUUUACCACAACGACGGAAAAUACUUCGAAAAGGCGCUGCGACCGGAGAAGAAGCCGAAACCUCCUCAGCCAAAGAGGGAUGCUUACCUCUUGAACGAACUACACAUCGCCAUGCACGGAGCGAAGGAUCCAGAGGUCAUCAAAAUGGAGAACUACGUCAACCAAAUCAACAACCAGCCUGACGCGCCUCUGCAGCCCAAGAAACCUUAG